UAUAUAUAUUAAUAUAUAUAUAUAUAAGGAACAAAAAUGAAUGUCUUCAUCACUGCCCUGCUCCUGGCUCAGAUCGCCCUGUGGGAACCCGCAGCCACUGGCAACCUUGCGAAAAGGGGCUCGGAUUUUGCGCUGGGCGUCUACGAAACCGACAGCGAACAGCAGCUGGGGUACCAGAGCCAAGGGAUGAUGAGCCCUGGGAUGGACAAGCAAGGACCAGGGGACACAUUCCGACACCAGUCACAGAGACGCAGACGCAGACACAGACGGGGGUCGGAUGGAGAAGAAACCUUUGCCCCCCUGGUACUUGUGCAACCAGCAAACCUGCAGCCCACCAGCCAGCCCAGAGCUGCCAGUGUCCACAUGGAUGUGUCUCCUCUGUCUCUGUCUCUGGGGGGGGAAGGAUGGUGGGUCAGGGGCAAUGCCAACCAGACUGCCCUGGCCCCCAGCAGGCAGACCCCUCGCCUCUCCAAAGGGCAGCUCAGGAGAGAGAAGGCUGAAAAGAGAUUCCAGUUAGAAAACACUCUCUACCCCAUCACCGACAGCUCCUACAGUGCCUAUGCUGUGAUGCUGCUCUCACUGAUUCUCUUUGCUGUUGGGGUGGUCGGCAAUCUGGCUGUCAUGUGUAUAGUUUGCCACAAUUAUUACCUGAAAAGCGCCUGGAACAAUAUCCUGGCCGGCAUGGCUUGCUGGGACUUUAUCAUCAUCUUCUUCUGUUUGCCUGUGGUCAUCUUCAACGAGAUUACUAAGAAGCGUCUGCUUGGAUUCGUUGGGUGCAAGAUUGUACCGUACUUAGAGAUCUCUUCUCUUGGGAUCACCACCUUUAGCCUGUGUGCAUUAGGCAUAGACAGAUUCCGUGCAGCAACAACAGCUCAGUCGCAGGCCAGACUGAUAGAAAGCUGUCGGUCCAUUGGGGCCAAGAUGUCUGUCAUUUGGAUCGGAUCAAUGUUACUAGCCGUCCCCGAGCUUCUCCUCUGGCAAUUGACGGAAGAGUCGUCUGUCGUCUCUGGAGUCACCACGGACUAUUGCACAGUCAAAACCUCGCUGGACCUGCCCGAAUACGUGUACGCACUCGUUCUUACCUACGAGAACGCUAGGAUGUGGUGGUAUUUCGGCUGUUACUUUUGCUUGCCCAUCACCUUCACAAUCAUGUGCCAGAUCGUGACCAGAAGGAUAAGAAGCAACGAGAAGAAAUCUGGUUGCAAAUUGGUUUGCCACAACGGCCAACAACAAAGUCAAAUGAACUACACCCUGAUCGGCUUGACCAUCCUCUACGGUUUCUGCAUUGUCCCCGAGAACGUCAGCAACAUUGUGGUGUCUUACAUGGCUUCCGAAAUCUCCAAAGAGACAGUGGACUUACUCAACAUCAUUAAUCAGUUCUUCCUUUUCUUUAAGUCCUCCGUAACCCCGGUGUUGCUCCUCUGCCUCUGUAAACCUUUGGGCCGAGCCUUCAUGGAUUGCUGUUGCUGCUGCUGUGAUGAAUGUACUUCUGAUGCCUCGGGAAGUGAUAGCCACGAGACCAAGUUGAAGACAGAAAUGAAAUCGAUUUUCUCUGACAAGCCCAAGGAAGCAUCGACAAUAAUGGCCAUGGGCACCCAGUGUUAAUGGAAGGCUUUUCAUAGUCACCAUGUGUUGGCCUUCAGCAAUCGCUAUGGAUCUAACAGAAGGUUAUCUCUCUCUUUUUUUUCACAGCUUAUAGUAAAGUGAACUAGUAGAUCAGCAAAGGUUAGUUAGCUCCCAGUCAGCCUUUGCCAACUGAUCUGUUCAGAUAAGUGUCUUAUAUUUUAUCUUCCAGAGUCUUGGCUUUCUUUCAGGCUGUGAGAAGUAUCAAAAAACAAGCAGUGAAAACUGAUCUAAUCAUUAAAAUGUGAUGAAGGGGGGCCUUUUGCAACAACAUACUAAUAUUUUCACUUGAUUCAUAAUACAUAAUUCGAUCUAUAGCGAGGUCUCUCCUGUGCAUUUAGAGCAAACUGUGUCUGACAUUUUAAUUAUUCAAUACAAGAUAUUGGUGAUCAGCUUCACUGGAUUAGCGCCACUCGUGACAUUUGCAUAGAGAACACUGGUUGUGCCAUGAAUAUAGCACUUAAUAGUCUUGCUGUGUGUAGUAUAUGCCAUUCAAUAACCAUGCAAUAAACGCCUUGUCUCUAGAUCUGUCUGUGUUGUCCGAUGAGAAUGAUGUUCGUUUCUUAAAAGCCUUACAAUGUACAUAAGGUAGUAACUAGAUACAACUACUAUCUUUUCAUGAAGAAUUAGAAACAUGGCUCUUUUCGUAUUCAUGGUAUUAUAUUUAGAAUAAUAAUACCACCAGCAGCUGUAUAUCCGCACAAGGGUGUGCUUUGCUCUGUAUUUACAAUGUUGUGGUGCCAUAGCAUUGUAUCAAAUAAAACUGUGAAUAUUAUUUCAGUUCU